AUGGGACAGUAUUGGUCGAGUUGGAGUGAGCACGGACUCGAUCACAAAGAGGACAAACUUGCGGUGGAACCUCCGAUCAAAUGGACCAAUGAGAUGGUUAUGGAUUGGCUCUCAAAACAUGGCUUUGAUGAUUACAAGAAACAUUUUAUCGGAGUGAAUGGAAGCAUGUUGCAGAGUUUAACCAAAGAUACUUUGGUGGAUGAGAUGAAUAUUCCGACGGGUGUUGCUAUUAAAUUGAUGAGAGAGGUAGAUCGGUUAUUUGUUCAUACUGUGGGUAGCUCUGGCUCUCCAAAUUAUAAUAAUCAUAAUAACAACAACAACAACACUGCAACAUCUCAUCUGAAUCAUCCUAACAACAACAACAACUCACAAAAUAGUAAUCUUCAAACCAAUGCAUCCAACAAGUCUAUAAUUUCCAUCUCCACCACCACGACAUCAUCAUCAAGUUCUGUCAAUGAUCAAAUUUCCAUUCAACAAGACGAUGAAGAAGCGAUCAAAAAGUGUCUCAUCAAAUUGGACAAGUUAAAAGGACUGCAAAAUUUAUCGGAAAAACAAAAGCGAGAUAAAGCAAAGAAUCUUGUAAUCAAACAUCACUUAUUGAACAGUUAUUUGAACAAGGAUUUUGUGGCAACUAAAAGAACUAUUACUGAGCUGAUCAAUGACUCACCGGUGCCUUCAUCUUCCUCAACAAGGCAUAAUUCUGUUUCGUCGUCUUCCUCUUCAUCAAUUGGAUCCAUCAUCCCGUCAAGUAAAGCACCAACGAUUAUGAUUGCAUCUGAAAAUGUGGAAAUUCAUGAUACUGGAGCUGUUAAUGAUGAUGAAGAUAAAAAAGAUUUACAAAAAGUAGCAAAUGAAAUUUCCGAUUUACAAACCAACAAGAAUUAUGUGAUCAAAGAUGAGGAGUUUUUAAAGGUAAAAUUGGUGAUUGUAGAGCUUCAUAGAACAGCAGCUCAAAGAAAUUUUAGAAAAUUUCUUUCACCUGUCUUGGACACGUUCAAUGUUGUGCCACAGUUUGGACUCUUCCACUCUGCUCUUGUCGUUGGACCAUGGUAUUUAGAGUGGAACGACUCUUCACUAAUUGUACCUCGCAAAUGCUAUUCAGGAGCAGCAGUAUUGGCUGCAGACGUGGAUCGAAGUUUUAAAGGACCUCAAGUAGGAGAAGCUCUUGAAAAAAUUUCUAACAUUAUUUGUAAUUGGAAUGCUAACAUGAUGUAUUCACAACAAAAGGCUAAUUGCCAACAUUUUGUUGAUGAAAUUUGUUUGGCUUUGGGUAUUGAAUUGAAAUUUAAAGGAGCUCUUGGAGAUUACUGUGAAAAGUUGCGAACAUUUGGAAGUUGUGAGCUCAAUUACAGCAUUCCAAAAGAAUUGAAAGAAAAAUGUGAAUUCACUAAAGAAACUUGGAAAUUUACAAGCCAUUCCCAGUUGGAUGAUUUUGUACAUACCAUUUGUAAGAAGGAUCCUCUCUAUUUUGAAAAACGACAAGACGAUUGGAGUUUAUUGAAAAGCUUUGAUCGAGCCUUUUGGCUUAGAUAUUACAAAAAUAAGAAGAGUGACGAUUUUAAACCAUGUUCCAAUGGUUGCCCCUUUUCUGAUCCAGCAACAAGUGGCUCAAUAAUGGAAAACUUUUUCACAUUUGGAAGUAAAAAGAGGUAA